AUGCCGGAUGUUGUUUGGCCCUUAUCAUCAAAAAUCUAUAACAGUGCAUCAGCUGUUUUUGCGGACAUGAUCCGUGAUAGUGAUCUCACACAAUUGGUCGACUUUCCAACUCGUUUCAGAGGUACACAGUCUCCUUCCCUCCUGGAUUUGAUUCUCGUUAAUGAUACCGACAUUGUGUCCAACAUCGAACAGCAUCCCCCAUUCGGGAAAUCCGACCAUGUUGUGAUUCGGUCAACUUUACUACUUAAAUUUCCUUCCGCAAAUAAUAUAGCUACCAAGUCAAUCAAGAUCACUGACUACGAAAAACUUGUCAGUUUGGCCGAAGGAGUUGACUGGGUGAGUUUGCUGCAACCUGCUGCUGAUGUGGAGGUGAUGUGGAACUCUUUUGCUGAGACUUUACUGGGUUUGUAUGACCGCUGCACCGUCACGAAGGAUGUUUCUUUCAUUCCAACUAAACCUUGGAUCAAUGCCGAAAUCCUCAGGCAGAUUCGUCAUAAGAGGUCAAUCUGGCGGAGGUAUGUUCGUGGCAGAAAACGAAGGGAUUAUGAAGCUCACCGAGCAUUUUCUAGUUACCUAUCAGCCACAAUAAAAAAUGCCAAGAGGGAGUACGAACUUAAAAUAGCAAGAUCUAAAGACCGCAAGAAAUUUUUUAAAUAUGUCAGAUCAACUUUGAACUCUAAAGUGGAUACUCCAUUGGUCUACGACCAGAACAACAAACUGUGUUCAGGUCCGGAAGAGUCUGCUAACGUUUUAGCUGAUUCCUUUGCGGCAUCUUUCACGCAUGAAACUGGCCAACUACCUAGGAUGAUUAAUCCUCGCUUAUCCGCUGAACUUAGUGAUGUAAUUUUCUCUCCAUCCAUCGUGGAGACCCAUUUGUCUGCUCUCAAAGUUGACUCCUCACCUGGUUCCGAUGGAAUCUCAUCCAGACUUCUGAAAGAGUGUGCCCACUCCAUUUCGCUGCCUCUUUCUCUUAUAUUUGCCCGCUCAUUUGCGACUUCAUCGCUGCCGUCUGACUGGAGAAGUGCACGUGUGACACCUAUUUUCAAGAAGGGAAACAAGCGUUGUGCCGCUAACUACCGUCCUAUCAGCCUGGUACCAAUUGUUGCGAAGGUUUGCGAAAGAGUUAUCCAUGGACAGGUGCUGCGGUUUGCGCUGGGCCAUAACCUUAUCCCCCGAUGCCAACAUGGUUUUCUGCCGGGUCGCUCGGUGAUCACUAAUCUGCUCGACUGUGUUGAUGCCUGGUCGAUGUCCCUCGACAGGGAUGACACCAAAUUAUUUGGUAAUCCCACUAGUGCCGGCAUUAUUCAGGACGAUCUUGACUCUAUCUCGAGGUGGUGCCAGGACUGGCAGCUGCCGCUAAACAGUGAUAAGUGUGUGGUUCUUCACAUGGGUGCUCGGAAUCCGCGAUAUCAAUACUUACUUAAUGGUAUCCCCAUUCCUGUUUCAAGCAGCCAUAGUGAUCUUGGUGUAAUAGUGACGGAUACUUUGAGUUGGUCUGAGCACAUCUCUCAGACUGUAAGCAGGGCCAAAAGAUCCUUGUUUCUGCUGCAGAAGUCAUUUGGCAAGUGUGACCCACGUACAUGUGCGCUGGUUUACCGAACUUAUGUGCGACCCAUCCUCGAGUUCGCUGGUCCUGUGUGGUGUCCGGUUCUGUCUCGCGAUAUGUCCCUGCUCGAAAACCUCCAGCGUCGUGCCACGCGUAUUCCCUACGGAAUCUCGCGCCCUUCUUAUGAUGAAAGACUAUCCAUAAUGAGCCUGCCUAGGUUCGCCGACCGGAGAACUCGUGGUGACCUUUUAACAACUUUCCGUGCUUUGCACGAUCUCUUUGGUGUGAGCUUGCGUCGCUUGUUCACGAUGAAUACGGAUUGCCGUUUGCGGGGUCACUGUUUAAAACUGAGAAGAGAGAACUUCAGGACGGUUCAGAGGCAGCACUUCUUGUCGAAUCGGGUGUUUAGUGUGUGGAACUCGUUGCCUUCAUCUGUGGUUGGGUCGUCAUCUGUGAAUUCAUUCAAGAACAACUACGAUGGUUGGCUUCUUCGUGGAUGA